CAUAAGUCAUCGUAGACUUAAAUAAAGUCUAAGCCUAAUAAUUAAGUCUAACUCUGCUGCUCAAAAGUGCAGCUGCCGGGAUUCCUCCUCUCAUUGGGAGAGCACCAGCCAGUUGACGUCAACACGAAAACACAGCUAGUACCACGCCGAUAAUAGUGAGAUAGCAGUUGCGUCCCACGCGAUGCCUUCCUUUCAAAGGUUUUUACGAUGUGAAACUACUAACAGCAAAAACCCUUUAGAUGCAACUUUGAGACUGACUUUGGCAAUGCAUCGCUUGUUCACCUUUCCACUCCAACUCUUCCGGGACUACUCAUUUGGCCUGCUCCGCAUGGUGGCAGAAGAAGGAUUUUAUUACGAUCAUGAGCGUGGAUUUCUACGCUCAAUAUUCUGCGAGAUGACCAUCAGUGCUGAAGAACUUGCUGAAAUAUUAUCUCAAGAAUUGAAAGUUGCUCAAAAGAUUAUCUCCGAAAGACUGUUACAGUUCAAUUGUAAAAUUGGAGAUUAUAAUAGUUCGAGAAAUGUGCCGAUGAGAAAUAUCGACGACGUACUGAAUUACAAAUUCGAGGCACACCGUUUAUUUUCUCUGCUGAAAAAUGUCGUUCAUUUUCCGCACGUUGACAUCUACGAGUUGGCAAAAAGUGGCUUUUACUACUUUGGAAAAGAGGACAGAGUAAAAUGUGAUUUCUGCAAAUUGGAAAUUUAUAGAUGGGAGCAGCAAGACAAGCCCAACGAGGAGCACCUCCGUUGGAACGAUAAGUGUCCUUUUUUGCUCAAGGAUAUAAAAAAUGUCACCGCCAACAACAUCCCGAUCGGCAGUGAGCAGAUCGAUUCAGUCAAAAGUGACGCCAUUGGUAGCAUGGCUAAUGUUACCGCGAAUCCUCACUUUGUCCCUGCUGACGGUGCUGCCGGAGGCCAAGAUGUUCCACAGCAAGCUCUUCCUCAAAUACAGGAGUUGCAACCUGCUGGUGAUCUUGUUGAAGCACAAUUACCUCAGCCUGACGUUCCGCAACAGAAUCCCGCAGGAAGCUGAGCUUUUCGCAGGAUAAACCAACCUUAUGAACCGUAGAACCUUUCAUUAGAACAAUGAUGCAUACAGGUCAUUUUUUGUUAAAUUUUCCAAAAAAUGAAUUGCAAUC